AUGGAUUCUCAUAUAGGAUCUAUUGGUUUUGUUGCUCGUAAUUAUACAUGUACAAUUAUCUUGGCUGGAGCUCGACGGUUUCCUGGCAUAUUGGUCUCAAUUACUAUAGAGGCGUUGACACUUCGGACAUCAAUAGAGGAAUUGUUGCGGAUGGAUCAUCAGAAAUUGAUCUUUGAAGGGGGUUGUCAGAUUCUAAUUAAUGCAAUAAAUUCCUCCUCUAGCGAAGACAGAGAUGCCGGACUUAUCUUAGAAGAUAUUUUUAACCUAGUUUCUAAUUUUUCGGAAAUUAAGUUUCAGUUUGUAUCUCGCACUUGUAAUUGGGUAGCCCAUUCGGUGGCUAAAAAACCCUUGUCGAUGACUGCUUCUGCAUAUCUCAUCAUUUUAUUCUGGAAUGACUCACUCGUGCUUAUUGAGGAGUCAGAUUCAUACUCAUCAUUGUAUUUAUCGUAUUGA